GGACAUUUCCACAGUCAGGAAGUUGGAUGGAAAGUAUUUCUGAGGACCAGCCAAUCAGAACACAGCUACUCUACACACACACACACACACACACACACACACACACACACACACACACACACACACACACACACUGGGCGGGCGAGGCAGAGUUUCCAGACUUUUUCUCCUGCAGGAAAGUUUCGUGUUUUGAGAUUUCAGGUUUGACUUUGAGUCGAUGUUUGAGGAUCAAGGCACCAUGGUGACCACCGAGACCCACCAGAGCCAGGACUUGCUCGUGCCCACCCAGGAUCAGAACCAGCAGGACCAGGAGGACCAGGACCAGGACCAGGCCUCCCCCUCCUCCCCGCUGGCCGGAUUCGACCCAGAGACGAUGGGUCAGGGUCCUGUCAACGCCAUCACCGUCCUCACCCUGCUGGACAAACUGGUCAACAUGCUGGACGCCGUGCAGGAGAACCAGAACAAGAUGGAGGUGGGUCUGGGAUCCAUGAGUAGACCCAUACAGAGACCAUAAACCAUGGCACACUUUGUUCUAAAGUUUCCAGAUUUAAAAACUGAUCCAGACCAAACCCCAUUUAAAAAUCUGUCUGUUUUAGCUCAAACUUCAGCUGUGCACUCCAGACUUUUUCAACCUUUGAUGUUUUACUGUUCUCUCUGCUUUUUGAGUGAGUUUCCUUUUUUUUCUCAGUUAUGAAAGCAAAGAUCUAAUAAUGUCUGACAUUCAGGAGUCACAUGACCCCGAACAGCAGCAGCAGUGAGCGAGCAGGUUAAAGUAGCAGGUUAGCAGAUGUUUGUCUCUGCUGGGAGGGAACAUUCCUGAAGUGUUUGAAGCUUUCAAACGCUUCAGCUAAAACUGACAGGAGGAAAAAAAACAUUUAACCCUUUAACUUCACCUGUAUCCAACACAACCACAGGAAAAAAUCCACUUCCUGUUCCUGUUGUAGUUUUUCAGAAGGACACGUUGGAACAGAUCUUUAGUCGGACUGAACAAUCAAACAAACUUUAUUCAAACAUGAAAAAAACUCAGCAACUUUUUCUGUUGUUCUCAACCAGAUUAAACUGAACUACACCAAACCACAACCAAAAUAACAGGAGAUUAGAACCAGAUUGAGUGUAACUAAACCAGACAGCACCAGAUUAACCAAACUAGACCAAAGUACAACCAAUCUUAAACCAGACUACAAACAGACAAGGCCAAAUUAAAUCCAACUAAAAUAUAGUUCACUAGAUUGACUAGCCUAACCAGAGUAAACCAAAUAAAAACCAAACCAAGAUUGGGUUUCUCCAAGUAAAAUCAGAUUAAUCUAUUCUUUACCAAGUUAAACCAGACCCCAUCUGGAUUUAACCAAGUUACAACUACAUUUAAAAAGAGUAAAUCAGACUAAACCAGAUUUUAAACAAAUUUAAACAGACUGAAUCAGAUUUAACAAAACUACAACUAGAGUGAACAAAACAGCAACCAGAUUAAACCGAGUUAAUCCGGUUUAGAAACUGACUAGACUUCAUUUAGACCAUAACCAGACCAUGGCCAGACUUAACCAGAUUCAUCUUGACUUUACCAGAUUAAACUACAGCAAACCAAACUAAGACCAAAAAACAUCUAUUCUAGACCAGACAGAAAUCAGUUCAAAUCAGACUAAACCUUAAACACCUUAAACAGACUGGGCAGGGUGAUAAAAAGGGCCUCCAAAAUUAUUAACUGUGAACUCCCCACACUGGACUCAAUCCACAAACACCACACCAUCACAAGGGCAUACAAAAUAAUUGAUGACCCACCGCACCCAGCUCACCAUCUUUUCCGGCUCCUCCCCUCGGGUAGAAGGUUUGGAUCUCUGGGUGGUUCAACAAAGCGCUACAGUAACUCCUUCUUCCCCCUUGCCAUACGACUGAUUAACUCCUAUGGUCGACGUGUGUGAAGUCUGUGUUUUAUGUUUUAUGUCCCGUGGUACCCCGUUUCACAUGUUAUGUCAUGUCUUGUCACUGUAAACUGUUCAAUGUCUGUUUAAAUUAACGUGGUGUAUUGUCGCAGCUACCACCUGCACUGUGAAAAAUUCCACCGGCCUAGCCGUGUGGCGAUUAAAGAAACUUGAACUUGACUUGAAACCAGAUUACUCCUGACCACAACCAGAUUAAAAACCAACUUCACCAGAGUAAACCACAUAAAACAAGACAAAAGCAAAUUGAAACUUAACCACGACCCUUCCAAAACCAGACUAGAUGAUCCUACACCAGACCACAGGUGGUCAGAACCAACUUAACUGAUUUAAAGUAGACUUAACCAAAGUACAACUAAUCAUACAGAGAUCUUCACGCCGCUCACGUCCAUUGUGUCUUAACCUCUACAGGUGGAGAGUAAGGUCAUUGAGAUUCUUGCUGUAUCUGAUUGGUUGAUGUGUUUCAGGUGCACCAAGUGGAGAUGGAGGGCGUGGUCAGAGGGAUCCAGGCUGAUAUGACCAAACUGUCAAAGAGUCACAGUCACACCUCCAACACCGUCAGCAAACUGCUGGACAAGAGCCGCAAACUAUCGGUCACCAUGAAGGAGGUACAGCGCUUACACCUGUCGCUAAAACGUUCUGUCAGUUCGAUCAAAGGUGACCACAUCUAGGUUCUUUGUUUGUGUAGGUCCGGGAUAAGAUGGAGUGUCAGGGUAUCCAAGUAAAGAAGCUGGAGGCGAACCACGCCCACCUCAUCAACAGAAAUAACUUCAAAGUCCUCAUCUUUCAGGUGAGUGCGAAAAUCAUGAAAUCAUCAUAUCUGUACCUUAAGGUGUGUUUCCAGUUUGGCACAGUUUGGGAUGGUGGAUCUUGGUCUUGCUGGGUUUCAAGUUGAACUGUACCUUUGGGUGGUUUAUGCAGAAGUAUGUUGGCUGAGUCCAGGAUACACUACCAACACACUUCCAGUGUGAAGCACCAGGGUAGUGUUUACAGUAUCUUACUGUAGAAAUGGACCAUCAGGGUGCCCAACGUUCUUGAGGCUCUACUUACUCACCCCCAAUUUCCACCGCAUCCGGAACAGCUAUGAAAAGGCCGUAUCUGUCGAUCGCAGUUGAUCGUAACCAUACAAGUUAAUGGGCCAAUUUCUACCGACGACUUUCCGUUCCGCUUCUUUCCGGACACCGGAGCAUGCCGGAUAAAUUCAGCACUGGGAGACGAAAAUUGCCACCAUUCCGGAUUGGAGCUGUUCCAGUUGCGGUGGAAAUCCCGGGUUAGUCUCCUUCCUGAGUCUGUUAUGUUCUCCUUAUCCUCAGGAGGAGAACGAGAUCCCCUCCACUGUUUUCGUCAAGGACCCUCCUCCGUUCCCUCGGGAUGAGGUCAUUGAAGAAGGUGACGAAUCUGCACAAGGAGAUGUUGACGCAAACCGAAGCCAGGACACCGGACUCCACACCAUCGACCUGUCAUCUGAUGAGGAUGUAGGAUUGGAGGCGGAGGUAGAGGAGGAGGAGAUGUGGCCUCAAGAUCUUGAGAACAUGGAGAAGUCCAGAGCCGAGAAACUGAAGCGCUCGAGCCUGAAGAAGGUAAGAACCAUGGACAGAUGUUCAGAGAGCUGCUCAGACAGACAGACAGACAAAUUUAACUGUGUCUUUGUACAGGUGGACAGUCUGAAGAAGGCGUUCUCCAGGCAGAACAUUGAAAAGAAGAUGACGAAGAUUGGGACAAAGAUUGUGUCUGCAGAGCAAAGGGAGAAGAUCAAACAGAAAACCUCAAGCCUAAAGGUCUCACCUUUGACCUUCAGCAUCAGGAAGGUAAGGAUGGGAUUCUCAAGGUUCCACUUAGACUCUUUUUGGUGGCGGGUUCACUUAGGGUCCUACUGAGUAUCUGCAUCACCUCCUAUGACCUCUGACCUCUGACUGUCCUUGUUUGCAGCCUCGUAGCAGCUCCGACUCUCAACCACCCGACACCUCUGUCCCACUGGAAGCCGAAGUCCAGCUCUCCCCGCUGAGCAACCCUGACCUGGACACCCCCUUCACCGAGGUCCAUGCCCAGCUGGCUCCAACUGAGCAGGAGCAACCACAGGAGGAGGAGGAGAAACAGGAGGAGGGCAAACAGGUGGAGGAGAUUAAAGAGGAAGAGGAGGAGGAGGAGGAGAGUCAGGUGGUAGAGAAACAGGUUGAGGAGGAAGUUGAGGAAGAGGUGUCGGCUGUGGAGGCGGAGCUGCCAGCUGUGGAGGCGGAUCUGUCAGCGGUGGAGGCGGAGCUUUCGGUGAUGUCAGAGGGAGUCAGCCAGGAGUACGCUCUGUCCUCCACCCUGCCUCAGGAGGAGAAAGGAGCAGAGGAGGAGAAAGAGGAGGAGUCCUAAACACUCGUUUAUUAAACUUCACUAAGAACAGAACAGACCUUAAAGGAACUUUUCAACAUUCUGUGAAUUUUCUGAGAGGAUUUUAUGUUGAACUGUUCCUUUAAAGUCAGAGCUGUUCACGUAUUAUUGAUUAACUUCCACACAAACACACUAAGAGUUCUUACCCGAUUAUCACCUUUGACCAUGAAAACCACGAAUCUCCACGUGUAGAACUCUCAGGAACCAACCCCGGCACCUGAUUCUGGACUUUAGGUUCAGGUUUGUAUGAAGUCGGAGGAUUGUGGCGUUUAAUUCUUUGACUGAUCCAAAAAACCUAAAAUAAAAAUGGAGAUUCGUGGUUUUCACGGGGUUUACCUUUCAUAUUAACAUUUAUUUUAUGUCGUUUCAAACAGCUGACUGGUAUAAACUAACAAUCAGCUGAUCAACAAUGGAAACAAGAAACUUACCUGACCAUCCGUCUGAGCAGGUUCUUCAAAAAGAGAACUCACUGCUGUUAACACGGUGCUACAAACACAACAUUCCUCUGAUGCUAAUCUUAAAUUAUUGAGGUUCUCUAAUCUUUUGCUUCUGUUGAGGUUCUACUAACGAUCUUAUCGGUUCACAAUAACACCUGUAGGAUCGAGCUCUGGUUUUAACAGUGUUCUUCAAAAGUUUACCUUCUUCCUUCAAGGGUUACCCUCAAGAUGCGAACAAAAGACCCUCUCUAAAGAACAUCCCAAGAUCCCACUUGGCGUCAACUUGGUUCUUGUAAAACUAUUCCAAGUUUCGCUGAAGGUCGAAUAAUGUUGUUCUUGCCAAUGUUUCGUUUAAAAUCCCACCAUUUAUGAAGGCCGUUCAAAAGUUUGAUUCCUUCUCUCAGUGAAUUCAUCUGCUGUUCCAACAUUCUACGUCUGAAAGGUUUGAUAGAUUUAGAUUUCCAGUGAUCAAUAAGUUGAUCUGUUUAGUUUUUUUUUUUCAGUUUGUCUGCUUGCAUUUGAAUAACCAUUCUUGUUUUUAUCGCACCGCUUAUUAACCGCACAGAAACACAACAGGUAGUAAUUACCUGAUCAGAUCACCUGACCAAACCGUAAAAAGGCCUAUGUUCAACAACACAGUGAAGGUAUACACACGCUUUAAGAAGGGGUGUGUACAGAGUGAGUUGAUGAUAUGUACAGGGUUAAGCCAAUGGUAUACACACAGUCAAAAAGGGGAUGGUUGUUUGUAUACACAAGGAGAUAUAGGUGGUAUAUAGAGUAAGAUUGAUGAUACAGAGUAAAAUAAAUUGUGUAUACAAAUUUCAGUGUAUAUACAAAUGGUAUAUACACACAGUCCUAGAUGGUAUAUAUACUUUGAAAAAGGGGGAGUAUAGGAAGGAUUGAUGAUGGUAUACACAGGGUUAAAAAGGUGGUGUGUAGGGAAUAAAAUCGAUUGUAUAAAAAGGGUGAAAUUGAUGGUAUAUACAAACUCAGGCUAAUGGUAUAUACUCAGCACUAAACACACAGUUGAAUAAAAGUUGUUAAAAAAAAAAAGUCUAGUGGUGGAUGGUGGUAUUCACAUGGUCAAAUAGGUUUUACAUUCAGAGGGAAAUUGAUGGUAUACACAAAGUUAAACUGAUGGUAUAAACACUUAAAAUAUGUUGUAUAAAAAGAUAAAAGGAGUUUUAUGGUAAAUAGAUGGUAUAUACAGGUUUGAAUUGGUGGUAUACACAGACUAAAGUUGGUGGUCUAUACAGAGUUUAAUGAUGGUAUAUGCAAUUAUGGAGCAAUGUCUUUUAACUGCAUUUUUAACCUGUUUCCAGCGUCCAUCACCUCAACUUAAAAUCACUGUAACCAGUAUUUAUUGUGAAGUUUGUGAACAUUGUCGUGUCAAUAACACUAAAAAGUCUUUGAUUUGACUGUAAAAAUGCACCUUUAUCGCCAAAAAACAAACAAACUAAUGGAAGAGCAUGGAAAGGCUAUGCUGGUAUACACACAUUUAAGCUGAUGGUAUAUUUGGGAUUUAAACCUGUUGCUUUUCUGUGAUGAUGAACAUUCAGUAUGUAAACAAAGUUUACUUGUUUUGUGUCUUUUUUGUGUGUGUGUGUUUUCACUCGUUUUGAUGUUUUAACACUUUGUGCUGCCAAAGAACAUUUCCAGUGUAACUCAUGAUACCUGUUGGACUGCUUUUCGUACAGGUGUGUGUGUGAUUACCUGAACACAACUUAAUAAAGGUCACUUUUAACACACUU